CCUUCCCAACUUUUUACAUUUUGCCUUUAUUUUCUUUUUUCUUCUCAACUUUUCCUGGCUUCCAGCUAAUGUUGGGGUCUCCUUCUCUCUAGAUUUUACUACUAAACCACGUGUUAUGCUGCUAAUACGGCCACUAAUCACUUCAAUUCUUGCUUAGCGUUUCCCCCACUUAAAAAUCUCUGCUUUUUUUGUCUGCUUAUUCUCAUCAUUCCCUCAUAAUUCCUAUUCUUAGAAUGUAAACAUAGGUACCCAUUUCGUAUUUAUGCUUUUAUUCUUAUUUUUUCUGCUUGGAAACACAGAAAAUGUGGUAAAGUUUUGAGAUUGACGAAGUCCAAAGUGUGGGGACUUACUCUUUCCUUUCUUCUUGUAUCCGUAUUGGGUAUAGAUUGAGGAAGAAUUGGUAUUCUUGUGGAUCCAUGUUUGGAAAGAGAUCUGCUAUGGUCUGCUUGAUUUCGAAGAUCUUCUUGGCUUUUCUCUUGAUUUUGGCCGUACAGAUUUCUUAUGGGGCUAACCCUGGAGAUGUUGCUGCCAUUAUGGAAUUGUAUACUGCUUGGGGGUCUCCUCCUCUUCCCGGAUGGGGUAAUGGAGACCCGUGCAAUGGAGAAUGGCAAGGUGUUAACUGCAUGGAUGCAAAUAUAGAAUCAAUUACUAUCAACAGUGCUAAUUUGGGAGGCGAACUUGGGGAUAAGUUAGGAUCAUUUUCAUCUAUAAAGACAAUUGAUCUGAGCAAUAACCUCAUUGGGGGCUCUAUUCCAUCCUCUCUACCGGUUACUUUGCAAUCACUUUUCCUCUCAGCUAACCAGUUUACUGGAAGUAUACCCGAGUCAUUGUCUUCCCUGACUCAAUUAUCAGCUGUGUCUUUGAAUGAGAACAAAUUGACUGGAGAUAUCCCUGAUGUCUUUCAAGGACUUACAGAUUUGGUCAAUUUAGAUUUGUCUAGCAACAAUUUAAGUGGGACAUUGCCGCCAUCAAUCGGAAACAUGUCUGCGUUGACAACUCUUCAUUUGCAGAACAAUCAAAUCUCUGGAACCCUUGAUGUUUUGCAAGAUCUUCGACUCAGAGAUUUAAAUAUAGAAAAUAACAUGUUUUUUGGGCCAAUACCGCAGCAACUCCUGUCGAUUCCUAAUUUCAAAAAGGAUGGAAAUUCUUUUAACAGUAGUAGUACACCUCUACUUCCGCCACCCUCCAUGACACUUCCGUCAGGACCACCAUUCUUUUCUGGGAGCCCAACGUCUGCGCAAUGGCCACCAAAGUCUGAUAAGAAACCUCCAGAGCAGGCUGAUGGACCAUCAGCAUCUGGGGAAUCAAAUUCUAAGAUGGGAAAAAAGUCAUCUACUAAAAGAGUGGUUUGGAUAUCAAUAGCAGUAGCAUUGUCCAUAGUAAUGUUCAUAUUGGCAAUCCUGCUUUGUUUACCCAGACGCCUUAGGGAAAGACCCGUGAUUCAAAGAAUUCCCAAACGGCAUGAAAUAGCCCCAUUAACAGGACCCAGAGAGAACCUUUUGGGUAAUGGCUCCUUGAGCUCUGAUAUAGAAAAAGCUCCUCAAGUAGUAAGGCCAAAGGAGGAACCCCGUACAAAAAGGCCAGUAACUGUAGAAAACAUUCGUGCUAUGCCGAAGGACAACCAUGAGAUUAUCUCGAGCAGAUUUGAUAUUGAUGUGUUGCCACCGCCACAGCCACCACCACCUCUGCUACUAGAAGAGAAGGUUAUCGUUCAACCAAUCCAGCGCGCUGAAGAAACUGUACAGAAGCGCUCAACCAGGCCACUCCCACCUACCUCUGCAAAAACAUACACAAUAGCAUCUCUUCAGCAAUAUACCAACAGCUUUUCUCCGGAUAACCUUAUCGGAACUGGAACUCUAGGAGCUGUGUAUAAGGGAGAACUACCUGAUGGCAAGUUACUCGCUGUCAAGAAACUGGAGAAAAGGGUUUGCAGUCAGCAGGAAGAUGAGUUUUUUGAUCUGGUAAACAACAUCGAUAGGAUUCGGCAUGCCAAUGUUGUUGAGCUCAUGGGAUACUGUGCAGAACAUGGUCAAAGGCUCCUCGUUUAUGAGUACUGUAGUAAUGGGACAUUGCAAGAUGCAUUGCACUCUGAUGACGAGUUCAAGAAAGAGCUUUCAUGGAAUAUGCGCAUUAGGAUGGCUUUGGGAAUAGCAAGAGCAUUGGAGUAUCUGCAUGAGGUUUGUGAGCCCCCAAUUGUACACAGAAACUUCAAGUCUGCAAAUAUCCUCCUUGAUGAUGAGCUUUCUGUUUAUGUGUCUGAUUGUGGUUUGGCUCCAUUGAUAUCAUCAGGGGUUGCUAGUCAGUUGUCGGGACAACUUCUUGCAACCUAUGGUUAUGGUGCCCCGGAAUUUGAGUCUGGGGUUUAUACUUUAAAGAGUGAUGUUUAUAGCUUUGGGGUGGUGAUGUUGGAAUUAUUGACAGGCAGGAUGUCAUAUGACAGGUCACGGAAUCGUGGAGAGCAAUUCUUGGUUAGAUGGGCAAUACCUAAGCUCCACGAUAUCGAUUCCUUGACAAGGAUGCUCGACCCCUCUCUUAAUGGGAAAUACCCUGUAAAAUCUUUAUCCCACUUUGCUGACAUUAUUUCCAGAUGUGUUCAGCCUGAGCCGGAGUUCAGGCCACAAAUGUCAGAAGUUGUGCAAGAUAUCAUAGAGAUGAUAAGAAGGGAAACUACCAAGAAAUUCGACGAUGAGUUAACUGCGCAAAGUAGUGCCACCACAUUGGAAAACUGAGGGCAAAGAAAGAACAUCCAAGAAAAGGGAUUGUGUUGAGAACUUCUGGCGAACUUAACAAACAAGGCGUUGUGUGGGUAACUGAAUCCCCAAUCAAAGUCUGUCUACAUUGUUUUUUUGUUCCACCUAUCAAUGGUGUAAUCUCAUUUGUAUUUGUCUCGUAGAUGUAUUCAUUUAGGCGACGUUUGGUUGGCCAUUAUCCAUAAGCUCACUAACCUAUUGGUUAACAGGUGGAAUUUGCUGUUUAUUUACCCUUUGUAUUAUUUCAUUGGUUAGUGAAAAUUUUGGGCUUGUAUCUUCUCUGCUGAUGCUGUACUAAAGCUUUAAUAAAAGAGUUGUGAAGCUGGUGGCUAAUGAUUGACUCAUCAAAAAAAUAUGGUGUUAUUU